CAAAAAGGCUGUAAAAGAAAGAGCCCUUCCGGCGGUCGCCAUGGUAACAACGUUGUUUUACCCGCGGGGUUAGCUUAGUGAAUCGUCGUUUCUCCGCGUGCGUUGUUGCUCCUAACAUCUCGGUAAAGGAGCAGAGGAGCGGAGGGGAAGCAGCUGAGUGAAGGUCCUUUCUGCUGCGUUCAGGACGCAGAGUUCACCUUCAGGUGAUCCUCGAUCAGGAGAAGUUGGAUCUGCAUCCAUUAGGCCAGUUUGAUGUACGGAGAUGGAGAAGUAUGAGAAACUGGCUAAAAUUGGAGAAGGCUCCUACGGCGUUGUGUUCAAGUGCAGAAACAGAGACACGGGCCAGAUAGUCGCCAUCAAGAAGUUCGUGGAGUCUGAGGAGGACCCGGUCAUCAAGAAGAUUGCUCUGAGGGAGAUCCGGAUGCUGAAGCAGCUGAAACACGUCAAUCUGGUGAACCUGCUGGAGGUCUUCAGGAGGAAACGGCGCCUCCAUCUGGUGUUUGAGUUCUGUGAGCAGACGGUCCUCAACGAGCUGGACAGACACCCCCGAGGGGUUCCUGAGGCUCAGCUGAAGAGCAUCGUGUGGCAGACUCUGCAGGCUGUGAACUUCUGCCACAAACACAACUGCAUCCACCGUGACGUCAAGCCGGAGAACAUCCUCCUCACUAAGACGGGAGUCAUCAAGCUGUGCGACUUCGGCUUCGCCCGCAUCCUGACCGGGCCCGAGGACGACUACACGGACUACGUGGCGACCCGCUGGUACCGCGCCCCCGAGCUGCUGGUCGGGGACACUCAGUACGGCCCCCCGGUGGACGUGUGGGCUCUGGGCUGCGUCUUCGCCGAGCUGCAGGACGGGAAUCCGCUCUGGCCCGGGAAAUCCGACGUAGACCAGCUGUACCUGAUCCGAAAAACUCUGGGUGACCUGAUCCCUCAUCACCAGCAGAUCUUCAGAUCCAAUGUUUUCUUCAGCGGCGUCAGCAUCCCGGAACCCGACUCAACCGAACCUUUGGAGAAACGCUUCCAGGGGGCGUCGCCCCAGGCCCUUCAGGUCAUGAAGUCCUGCCUGGUGAUGGACCCCUCCCUGCGGCUGUCCUGUGAGGAGCUGCUGGAGCUGCCGUACUUUCAGGAGGAGGCCGGGAUCGGCUGGGGCCGCGAGGCGGAGCGGCCGGGACGACGAUUCGACAGAGGAUCCCGACGCAGGCACGCAGGGGUCAGACAUUGGAAAAACCUGAUGCAGAGCCAGGAGAGACGUUGAGUGGAUGAAGACUGAUGGCACAAAGCCUGGUGACAGGAGGUCAUCACUCUUUCAGCCAGAAAAGGUGAAACAUUAACUUGUGCUAAUAAGAAAUUACUCAAGUUUCAUGACACACCCCUUACAUGCGGGCACACACAGACCCACAAUGAGUGCACAAUGUUGGUGGCAAUGAGUUCAAUAGAACAGCUGCUGCAAUCCACUGAAUUCUCCUUAUAUGAUCAUUAGAGGACGAUGGUUUCCAGUGAAGCCAACAUUUAUUAUGUUUUCAUCCAUUUUCCCUUCAUUUUAUUUCUAAAUAUUAUGACCUGUUUGUAUCAUGUGAAUACAAUUCCUCAGAGUAUUAAGCUACAACUUUAAGCUGAUAAUGAUUAACAAUUAACUUCAAAUCAAACACAUUUUGCACGUUUUCUAUGCAUGACAUUUCAGUCUGUGUGAUAUACGUAAUUUCAUCGCAUGUGUCCGUUGAGGGUCUCGGCUGACGAGUCUUUAUGUGAAUUUGGUUUUUAGCUGUUUAGAAUUUUUGUUCGUAUGAGAAUUACGCAGUUUAUGCGUAUGCAAAAAUCCCGCCUUAUCUGCUGCUGAUUACCUGAAUCAGGUGUGUUAACCAGUAAGGAGCAGGUUGGUUAGAAAACUUGUUGGACACCAGUCCUUGAGGCCUGGAUUUGGAAACCCCUGAUUUAGACUGUUUUGGCAAUUCCACAAUGAGUUUAGAGAAUGUAAUUUUUGUUUCAUGAAAUUAGCAAAAGCGAUAGAAAUAGCUGCAAUAGCCGUGGUUGUGAUGAUUAACGCUUAUUUCUCCAUGUGUUGUUGUGAUUGGCUCAUUCCUUAGAGGGUGUUGCUGCAUCCCCAAAGUCUUCAGCUUUCGUAGCUCUGUGCAGCUCCGUAGGUUUAAUUGUUAAUAUUUUCCAGAUGGGAAUGUUUGACUGAGACAUACGAAGAUGAAAACAGAGAUCAAACUAAACCAUGUGUUGAUGAUGAAGUUAGCUUCAGCCCUGGAUCAGAACUCAGAAGCAAACUAUUAAAUAAAAGCCUUUUACAAAAACAGUUAACUAUAAAGCUAUUAUUCGCCUCUUGGCUUGUCCCUUUGCAGGUUGCCACAAUGAAUCAGCUUUCACUGAUGUAAACAAGUGUUGUGGCAGAUAGUUAUGCCCUUCUUGCCACAACCCUGUACUUUCAAGGCGCAGAGAGACCUAGAUGAGCAGCAGCAUGAAGGGUUUUGCCUAAGAAUCCACACUAGAUUUUUUUUUUUUUUUUUGUCUUAUUGCACACUGUGGGAAUUGAACCUAGCUUCCUGUGUGGCAGUCCUACAUCUACCCAACUCAGCUAUCCAGCUGCUAAUCAUAGAGUUAAUUGAUGUAGUCAUAAUUGUGAAUGUUUAUACAUCUUUCACAGAUGAUACAGAUUACGUUAAUAAAGUUGUUAUUGGAGAUGUGUGGACAUCAUAAGGAAAGGGUGCACCCAUGGGCAUAAUAGAAAUCACAUUUCAACUAUAAAA